AUGAAUAGUAUUUUAAUAGGAAAUGAUGGUACCCAAUACAUAAUUAAAAAUCAACUGGGUAGUGGUUCAUUUGGUACUGUUUAUUAAGUGACAGAUCUAGCAAUGAAUAAAGAUUUUGCUUGCAAAAUAAUUUCAAAGGCUCUGCUCUAAAAAUAUAAUGCUGAAAAGAUGGUUCGACAGGAAAUUCAUAUUCAGUCAACCAUAGCCCAUAGAAAUAUUGUCAAGGUAAUUGACUCCUUUGAAGAUAAUCAUUACAUUUAUAUCAUUUCUGAAUUAUGUUCUAGAGGAACCUUGAAACAACCAAAAAUUCCUUAUUAAGAGAAAGAAAUUUUCAACAUUACACAUUCUCUACUAAGUGCUCUUGAUGUUUUACACUCUAAUAAUAUCGUACAUAGAGAUUUGAAGCUGGAAAAUAUCUUCAUAAAUGAGGAAGGAACUUACAAGUUGGGAGACUUUGGAUGGGCCACUCAUCUAGACAAAAUUUAGCCAGUGAUAUGUGGCACAACCGAGUAUAUGCCUCCUGAAGUCGUACUCAAACAAAAUCAUGAUUUUAAAGUAGAUUCUUGGUCUUUAGGCGUUUUGAUAUAUAUUUUAGUUCAUACCCACUACCCAUUUAGAGCAUAAUCGCAAUCAGAAUUGAUCUCAUAGAUUACAACAAACGAAGUUAAUGUAUAGAAAGGAAUUGAUGAAGACUUGUAAAUUUUAAUUUUAGCCUUAUUAACAAAAGAUCCCCAACACAGACCAACUAUAUAAUAACUCUUCAUGAGUAAAUGGGUUAAAAAGCAAAUGAAACUUUACAAUAUUUUCAAUAAAUAUGAGAAUCAGCAGUUGAAAAAUAAGACAUUAUCCAAAAACCUUGCAAUUAAAAUUAUCGAUGUUAAUGGAUCAGUUAAGAAGUGUAUGGCUGAUAGUUAGAAGAGUUCACUAACAUAGAGUACCAACACUCAAAUCAGCUCAUCCAACAAUUGUUCUCCUUUCCAAAGUAAGGUCAAUAUUGAGCAUAUUUUUACAUUUAAGGAUGACGACAACAUCAUAUCUGUUCCAUAACCUAAGUUUGGUUGAUGUUUUAAUAGAAUUAUAUGAAUAAUUUUGUAAAUAUCAUUUGUAUGA